CUGCGCCGAACUCGCCGGGGACGUCGGGCGCCGGCUCCCUGGCUCGCUCACUCGCUCCGACCGGCUCCCUGCGCCUCCUCCCGGGACUGAGCGGGGACCCCGGCCCGGGCGGGCGCGGGGCGAGCAGUCCCCGGGCGGGAGGCGCGCGCUCCGGGCAGCACCCGGCCCCGGGCAUGGACAGAGGGAGCUGGGCGCGCAGGGGGCGCCGCGGGACCGGGCGGCCGGAGCGCUGAGCCAGACAAAGGCUCAGGAGUUGCGCUUGCUUUCGGGAGCCGGGCCCCGGGCGCCGAGGCAGCGGGACCCCGCGGCGGGCGGCUCCGGCCGGCCACCUCCCCCGCGGGCCGGCUCCGCGCGCCCGGACCUGCCCUGCCCGCCUCUCCUCGGGCGUGGGAAUUUGCCGAGGGGACCUAAGCGGCUCCGGCGGGGACCCGGACCAGGAGGUCUGCCGCGCGCCCGCCGGGCGGGGAGCCAGGGAGCGUCGCAAGUUUCCGAGCCGCGUGCGGGGCCCCGGCGCCGGCCAGCGGGCGAGCCCUGCGUGCAGCGCUCCCGGCCGGGCUAGGCACCGAGAGCAUGAGCAGCGACCGGAGCGCGCCCGGACGGCCGGGCUGGGCGGGCAGUCUCCUUGGCGGCCGGGAGGCGGCGGCGCGGCCGCGACUGCUGCCGCUGCUCCUGGUGCUUCUGGGCUGCCUGGGCCGCGGCGCAGCGGCGGAGGACGCAGAAGUCAAUGCCGAGAACUGGCUGAGGCUCUACGGCUACCUGCCCCAGCCUAGCCGCCACAUGUCCACCAUGCGCUCUGCCCAGAUCCUGGCCUCAGCCCUCGCCGAGAUGCAGCGCUUCUAUGGGAUUCCGGUCACAGGCGUGCUUGACGAAGAAACCAAGGCGUGGAUGAAGCGACCCCGCUGCGGGGUGCCAGACCAGUUCGGGGUGCGCGUGAAAGCCAAUCUGCGGCGACGGCGGAAACGUUAUGCCCUCACUGGGAGGAAGUGGAAUAACCACCACCUGACCUUCAGCAUCCAGAACUACACAGAGAAGCUGGGAUGGUACCACUCACUGGAGGCAGUGCGAAGGGCCUUCCGUGUGUGGGAGCAGGCCACGCCCCUGGUCUUCCAGGAGGUGCCCUAUGAAGACAUCCGGCUGCGGAGGCAGAAGGAGGCUGACAUCAUGGUACUCUUUGCCUCUGGCUUCCACGGCGACAGCUCACCAUUUGAUGGCACAGGGGGCUUUCUGGCCCACGCCUAUUUCCCUGGCCCUGGUCUGGGCGGGGAUACCCAUUUCGAUGCAGAUGAGCCCUGGACCUUCUCCAGCACCGACCUGCAUGGGAACAGCCUCUUCCUGGUGGCCGUGCAUGAGCUGGGCCACGCGCUGGGGCUGGAGCACUCCAGCAACCCCAGUGCCAUCAUGGCGCCCUUCUACCAGUGGAUGGACACCGACACCUUCCAGCUGCCCGAGGACGACCUCCGGGGCAUCCAGCAGCUCUACGGCACCCCGGAUGGUCAGCCACAGCCCACCCGGCCUCUCCCCACUGUGACUCCCCGGCGACCGGGCCGGCCAGACCAUCGGCCUCCCAGACCCCCUCAGCCACCACCCCCAGGCGGGAAGCCGGAGCGGCCCCCAAAGCCAGGCCCCCCAGCCCAGCCCCGAGCCACGGAACGGCCUGACCAGUAUGGCCCUAACAUCUGCGACGGGGACUUUGACACAGUAGCCAUGCUGCGUGGGGAGAUGUUCGUGUUCAAGGGCCGCUGGUUCUGGAGGGUCCGGCACAACCGCGUCCUGGACAACUAUCCCAUGCCCAUUGGGCACUUCUGGCGUGGCCUGCCCAGUGACAUCAGUGCUGCCUACGAGCGCCAAGAUGGACGCUUUGUCUUUUUUAAAGGUGACCGCUACUGGCUCUUCCGAGAAGCCAACCUAGAGCCCGGCUACCCGCAACCGCUGACCAGCUACGGCCUGGGCAUCCCCUACGACCGCAUCGACACGGCCAUCUGGUGGGAACCCACAGGUCACACCUUCUUCUUCCAAGAGGACAGGUACUGGCGCUUUAAUGAGGAUACACAGCGUGGAGACCCUGGCUACCCUAAGCCCAUCAGCGUGUGGCAGGGGAUCCCUACCUCCCCCAAAGGGGCCUUCCUGAGCAACGAUGCAGCCUACACGUACUUCUACAAGGGCACCAAGUACUGGAAGUUUGACAACGAGCGCCUGCGAAUGGAGCCGGGCUACCCCAAAUCCAUCCUGAGGGACUUCAUGGGCUGCCAAGAGCACGUGGACACGGGACCCCGAUGGCCCGAUGUGGCCCGUCCGCCCUUCAACCCCGAUGGGGGUGCAGAGCCCGGGGCGGGCGGUGACAGCGAAGAGGGCGAUGAGGGCCGCGAGGCCGGCGCGGGUGGCGGAGAGGGGGACUUCGGGGAGGGGACAGGUGAGGACGGGGGCAGCCGAGUGGUGGUGCAGAUGGAGGAGGUCACGCGGACAGUGAACAUGGUGAUGGUGCUGGUGCCACCGCUGCUGCUGCUCCUCUGCAUCCUGGGCCUCACCUACGCCCUGGUGCAGAUGCAGCGCAAGGGCGCCCCGCGCAUGCUCCUCUACUGCAAGCGCUCGCUGCAGGAGUGGGUCUGACCCCGCCCCGCGCCCGGCCCUCCCGCUCCUCACGGUGCUAAGGGGCCGGGGCUGGCGGUGCCCGUGGUUUUGAGACGGCUCCUGGGGGCACCCAGCAAGGGCCUUCCAUGGCUCCCUCAGCCCCUGGGUGGGGGCUCCUCCAGGCCCCUCCAACAUCCCUGCCAGCCCUGCCCCAUUGUUUAUUUAUGCCCAGGGUUUUCUUUUCUUUUCUUUCUUUCUUUUUUCUUUUUCUUUCUUUUUUUUUUUUUUUCUUUUUUUUUUUUUUUUUGCACACUAAUUGAGUAUUUGUUUCUACUUUCCUGACUAGGAGCAGCAGUCCAUCAGGGCAGGGGUUGGAGUUUUCUAAAUGUAGUUCUGCUCUGGACAGGGGGUUACCUCCCCGACCCCACCCCUUCCCACCCCAUACUGCCUCUGGCUCGGGCACAGCCAGAGGACCAGAGGGUCAGAAGGCCCAGUUGGAAAGUAGCUGAAGGGUUUUGGAGGGGCCCUCCUCAACCUGAGCGAGCUCUGGAGACUGGGGGGACCUGACUAGUCUCCACCCACCUGAAUCUCUGACUUAGGAAGAGCUUACUCCCCGGGGGCAGGCCAGGCCACAGGGGACAGACGGAAGGGUGAGGUAGCCUACUGGCCAUGAGUCAUGUUGAGUUUUGGUUGCUUCCCAGCCCACCUCUCUCAACCCCAGUAACUGAGGCUUCUCGUGUCUUAAGACGCCCACCCCACCCCCGACCAGCCAAGGGGCCCACAGCCCCAGCUCCCACAUACCGCUUGAGCCCACACCUCCUGGCCUGCCUUACCAAGGACCAAAGGGGGUCUGCCACGGCCCCUCCACCCAGGAGCCUCGCCCCCCCCCCCCCCAGGCUGGGCUUCUAGCCCCCGUCCACUCCUCUCUGAGCUAUGACCCACUUGGGCUCCUUCCUUAGGCCUCUUCCCACCCACCCUCAUCCACACCACUGUCCUCAGGGGUCUCAGAACCCCACCGGUCUCAGGAGCCAGCUGCCAAGGUCCCAGUGGCCCCAGGGAGACAGGGGGCUGAUGGGUGCCCACAGCCCACCAUGCACCAGGCUUGGGGUUUCCUCCCCUCCACUCCCUGUCCCCCAGGGCACUGGGGAGGGGGGGACACUGUGGAGAGGGGCCAGCAGCUCAUCCCCUCAUGCAGACUGGGAUGUGGCUGUGGAGCCCCCAGAGGAGCCCAUUGUGGCCUCGGAGACUCCCCUUCUCCUUGGCUCAGCCCUAAGGGCAGAGACACUUCCUCCUUCUUUUCCUUCCCGAAGUAAGCAGGCGGCAAGGCUGCUGUGGAAAUGGUACUGUACAGCCGGCUCCGUCCCCUCUGCUUCCCCUCAGCCCGGGGCAAGCGCGCCUGCCACCCAGAUCCCCGAGGCCCCUGGAGGGUGGGGUUCUCAUGGGCUGACCUGGAUCACAGGUCCAGCGGCUUGCUCCCCCCUCCAUCCUCAGAACCGGAGAGCCAGCCAAGGGAUGGGGGGUGGAGGUCAGUGUCCACCCUCAUACGUUUCUUUCUGUAAAUAAUCUGCACUGAUUAAAUUGUACAGCCGGCAAGUGUGGCCUCCUUUGUGAGAGGCCCAGGGCUGGACUGUACAGCUGGAGGGGCUGCGGGUGACAGGAGUGAGUCCGGGCUGGGAUUAGGGAACUUGCCCUCAUGCUGAAGGGACCUUGUUCCCAGGUCUAUGGUGGCUCCUUCCCAGUGGCCCUGGGAGGGGCAGCGCUCAGAAGAAGGGGUGGUUGCCUUGCAUAGACCCGAGAAAGGUGAGGCAGGGGACCGGGAUUGGCCCUGCCGGGGUGGGAAAGAGGAGUACAGCAUUUACUUGACAUUCAUUCAUGGUGAGAAAGGGCACCCCAGCUUCCCAGGCUCUGGGUGUCCAGGAGGGGUGGGAAAACCAGGCCAGGCCACCCAGUCCUUCCACCCAUCCAGACUGGGUUCUGGGCCACCUGAAGACUCAGCUCGGAGGCAAGAGACGGGACGCGGUGCCAUUUUGCAUUUGAAAAGCUCCCCUCAUCACCUGCUCUGCUCAGAGGGUGAGGGGGCACCUGAGAUCUGCCCCUGUCAUAGUUGAAGAAGCAGAAAAUCUCACGCUGGGCAGGCUGCAGACAAUGCCCAGGACAGCAGGAGACUGAGUGUCACUGCCCCUCGGGUCUGGGCGUGGCUGGCAAGCCUUGCACCCAAGUCCAUCCUCUGGGCCAAGCUAUCAGGUACCGGCCUGCACCCCCAGAAAGGCAAUGGUCAGCUCUAGUGGGGUUCCACCCCGACCAGGGAGCGGGCCCGGCCUCCACGACAGCGGGACAGGGUCUUUCAACCUGCUGCAGGCCCCACCCUCCCCUCAGCUGCCCACCUCUUCCCCAGCCCCCUUGAUCCCACCCUUUCCUCCCUUUGUGUUGAAAACUGGCUGAGGAGAGUAGGAAAUUCUGGCCCUCAGAAGCCCCAAAGGCCUCUCGGGCUCAGCUAGGAAAUGGCCUGUGAGCUCCCCCACCACAGGGGCCUUGGCAGUCAGCAUGGAGGGCCAAGGCAGAAGCCAUCUCGUCAGCUUUUCUGUGGCAGAAGCCACAGGGCCCCACCCAGGUCUGCCCGAAGCCUGCAGCCUUAGGGUCACCCAGAAGCCCAGAGGUCACCAGGCGGGUGGAGGGCGGUGUGGAGGCACAGGGGCAAAAAAGGAGAGGAUGUGAGAUCUCUCACCGAGCUCUUCCUCAGGGCGCAGGCCAGGGAAGACUUGGCAGACGAGGCCUCAGCUCCUUAGGAAAUUGCCUGAGGAGACUUGCACCCCUGAGCUCUCUGGUAAAAUCUCAGAGAAACCCAAUGGCUGAAGGAACAGCUCAUCUGGGGAGCCCCGUUUAUUGUCCUGCGGGCUGAGGAGUGUGAAGGUCUCCGAGGUGACCUCAGAGAGACCAGCGGUGCAAUUUGACACCCCUCCAGGUGUCAGGAACGUGCAUCUUUACAUUGGUUUUGUUUAAUGUGGCUCUACCUAAACUCACCAUGGGCCCCACGGUCCCCGUUUUGCUAAUUCCCAAGUAAGAUAAUUACGAUGUAACAGAUACACAAAAAGAAGCAAAAUAUAAGCCACCCAAUUCCCCAGG